AUGGCGAACCGAUAUGUGCUCGUGAGGUCAGACGGUGACGGGCCGAAGCCGUGCGCCUUCUAUGCCUCUGCGGCGGGAUGCAGGAACGCGGCGAGCUGCAAGUUUUUGCAUGGCGACCAGCCGACUGCUGGCAGCCUUUCAGCCAAGUCGCAGCCCCCGCCAGCCGCCAAGGCCAAGCCGGCGGCAGCAGCUCUGACCACCCCAACGCCGACACCAGCCGCCUCGGUGACGCCGCCAUCGGCCAAUGGUCACUCGGCUACGGUUGAGGAGGCGGAGCGAGCAGCGAAGAAGAAAGCCAAGAAAAAGGCCAAGAAGGAGAGAGAGGCAAGGGAGGCAGCAGCCGCAGCAGCAGCAGAGACCACACCAGCGCCAGCACCAGCGCCGGUGGCCAACGGUCACUCGGCUGCGGCUGAGGAGGCGGAGGGAACUGCGAAGAAGAAAGCCAAGAAAAAGGCCAAGAAGGAGAGAGAAGCAAGGGAGGCAGCAGCCGCCGCAGCAGCGACCACACCAGCAGCAGCGCCAGCGCCAGCACCAGCACCAGCACCUGUGGCGCCGCCCGCAGCACCCACACCUACCCCCGCGGGUACCCCUGUGCCCGUGGCGGUGGCUGCAGGCCAAACCCUGUCCACGACCAAGGCAAAGAAGCAAGCGUUUCGCGAAAAGGCGGCGAGAAAGGCGGAGGCGGCGGCCGCCCUGGCCACGGCAAACGCCAACGCGGCGAACGCUGCCGCCGCUGCUGCAAGCGCUGCCGCGCUCGCUGCUGCUGCACGUGCCGCGAACCCCUCGCCUCCGCUGGCCUUGGCGCCGACUCCUCUUGCUCCCGCGGUUGCCCCGGGCCCCGCAGCACCUACUCCUGUGGCGGCCGCCGCCGCCCCCGCCGCCCCCGCUCUCCCUGUCUCGAAGAAAAAAAAGCGGAAGAACAAGAAGAAGGCGGCGCCUGCGGCCGCCCCUAGUGCCGUACCGGCUCCAACACCAGCUUCUCCCGCCCCGGCUGCAACGCCAGCUCCGGCUGGGGCCGUAGGGGGCCUGCCGCUCCCGGUGUUCCGACAAAUGCCCAAGAUGUCAACGCCGGCGACGCCUCCGCUGCCCGCGACGGCCUCGCGUCCUACGACCAGGGUAUGCUCGUUCUUCAACAAGAAGAAGGGCUGCCAGGUUGGCGCGCUGUGCCCGUACCUGCACCAGGGCGUCGAGAGGGGCGGGUUCGGGGGAACGAGAGGGCACGCCAAGCCGCCGACGGCAACGGUGCCGCCUGCUGCCGUUGUGCCCCCGCCGGCCUCGCCGGUAGCCGUGGCGGCGGCGGCGGGGGCGGCAGCCGCCACCGCGCCGAAGUCCAAGAAGCGCAAGCCGGCGUCCUCGCCGGUCGCCCCCGCGGUCGACGUUGCCGCCGUUGCGGCCCCUGCCGCCGCGGUGAUGCCGAUGCUUCCGUUCGCACCGCCUCCGCCGCCGCCAGCCGCUGUGCAGGCGGUACCGGCGCCGACGGCGGUAGACGGGGGAGCAGCCACCGAGAGCCCUUCGUCUCGACGGAAGAGAAAGCGCGGCCGGUCAGAGACCCCGGCUGCUGCUGCGGCGGCAGCAGGUGCCGGGAUUUUCGACGGUCUUCCCAUCAGCCCGUUCGUGGCGGCGGCGGACAAGGACAAGGAGGAGAAGCCCGCGGCGGUGGCAGCGGUGGUUGCUCCGGCGAGCAUUCCUCACCCGAAGGCUGAUGUUUGGCAGGGUCUCGUAGAGCGCACUCGUGCUCACCCUAAAUUCGCCAAGAACUACAGCUUCGAGACCGACGCGACUUGGGUAACGGCGUCCCCCUGCGGAGAUUCCUGCCCCGGCCUGCCCCAGGUCAUAGCCCUGGAUUGCGAGAUGUGCAUGAGCGAGGAUCCGUUGAGCAAGGAACGCAACGGCAAGGAGCUGUUGAGACUGAGCAUCGUCAGGGGGGAGGACGGGGAGAAGCUCAUGGACACGCUCGUGCGCCCGGGUAACCCCGUAGUUGACUGGCGCACUGACAUCCACGGCGUUGCCCCAGAGCACUUGGAGGGCGUCAUGUUCACACACAGGCACGCGCAAGUCGCUAUUUCGCGCAUCUGCUGUCCGCACACGGUCAUCAUCGGCCACGCGCUCAACAACGACUUGUCGGCCCUCAAGAUGACGCACGACCGGGUCGUAGACACCUCUUUCCUGUUCGAGGGAAGCGAUGAAAAGUUUAGCACCCCCAGCCUCAAGGACGUCGUGAAGGUAGCCCUAGGCAGGCACAUCCAGGACGGAUCUCACGACUCGGUCACGGAUGCGAAGAGCACCCUAGAGGUGGCCAGGUAUGCCCUAGAGAAGGUAGGCGCACCGCUUCCCCCCAUCGACCGGACCAAGAAGGCCAGCCGCAGGUGGAACGGGGAAGGAUCCUCGGAUGAUGCCGGUGGGCGCAAGAAACGGAGAGGGUUGGAAAACGGAGAAGACGACGCGGAUGCGAGGGCUGCGAAGGCGGAGAAGGAGCGGCGGUCCUUGAUGGUGCACCGGCUUCCCGCCGGCACGACGCCGGAGCAGCUUAUGCGGGUCAUGCAGAAGAAGACAAAGGUCAUCGCUCAGGAGGCGGAGGGGAUCGAGUUCACGGGCACCACCGGGAAGACCCAUGUGGUGUACGCCACGAAAGAGCUCGCGGACGUUGCCUUCAACGGCAUCUCCACCGCCGCGAAGGAGGACACUUCCGGUCGCCUGCAGAAGAGGAUCUACACCUCUGAAGACGGGAAGAAGUACAUCGCGGUUCGGCACGCUUUGGUGAUGGACGAUGACGAAGAGGAAGCGGCAACCGGAUUAGACGGGCUAAUCUCAUCGUCAUCGUCAAGCGAGGAAGACUAAUCGGUGCUCCUGGGACUCGUGAAACCCUCGUCGGGAUAAUCGUGGCGUGUUGUUGCACCGGGAUAUGCGUUGGAUAUUCGUGGAGAGAUUGAUUCGUGCCUCGCGGGCUUGCUAUGCUGAGCAUCAGCGUGAGCGCUCCACCUUCUCCAAAGUUCUAGAUUUUUUUCCCUGGGGAACGGGAAGCCAACCUUUUUAGGUCGAGUCCAAGAGUGGAAGAGGAUUUUUUUUUUCUUUACGAGCAACCUCGAUUCUGGUCUCUCUUUUGUGUUAUCAUCAUCACAGCAGUGGUCUUCGUCCGGGGAACGAAAGGAACCAGCCUUCCCUUGUCUUGUGUACCCUCGGUUCACGGCCGUAACUUUCGCAGGGUUUUUCUAGUAAGGAAAGACGUUGGAUAAAGAAUGCAAUCGAAAAAGUUGGGUCAUGAUUAGCGUUGUACCCGCUCCCUGUUCUAUUUCCUCAUAACCUGAGUUUCUCGCGAAGCGAAGGCGGUUCGUUCAUUUUGCAAGCUUAGUACUGUACUCUUGGAGACAAACUAGCAUACAAAAGGUCAUGUUUUCGUUGACGCACGCUGGAGGGGCGGGGGCGGGGGAGAGGUUCGAGCGAAAUCAACGUUGAGGCUGCUGCAGCACCUGCGCUAUCGUUUAGGUCUCCUGGGGUAGGAGAUGUUUCAGGUAUUUCGUGUCAUGUGUGAUUUGGCGAGAGAAGAAGUUUUGGAGACGCCAUAAUGGUUAUCGAGCGAUGAAGACCAGGGUUAGGUCUCCGCGUUGUCUUCUUCUGGAAGCGUUGCUGGGGAUUUUCGAGUCAUGUUUUGCAAGGAAAGUUGAGGGCGGAAUAGGGAUAGACGGGAAUCAGACCGAAGUUUGCGACCGC